UGGUAACAGGACGAGCGGUGCAAAUAUCAUUUCCAGUCAGCAUGGGGAAUGUACACUGUUCUGCAAAGGUAGAUGGGAGACACACCCAAUUCAGGAAGAGAGAGAGAGAGAGGAGACAGUUUAAAAGAAGGGAAAGAGAACAGAUAGACAAAAACUCCCAAUUCGAGAGAUAGAGAGCAAGAGCGAGAGACACCUAGACAAUGCAAAGGUGUUGACUUGUAUUUGAUAUAUACCUGCAGAAAAAGCUCACCGCAAUGCUGGAUGUUAUGUCAGCCACCGUGGGUCUGGGAUUGUUUAAAAACAUUCUCAAUUUCUUCACCUCACCCAAACUCACCAGCCCUGUUAAUUCAAUCGCAAACUACUGUAACAUCCUAGUGGUGUUCACAGACUUCACCAUGACAGGGUUCCUCACCCUGUUCUGGCUGUUCUCCCCCUUCCUGUCCAGUAUACCCACACGCUCAGACAUCAUCGCGCUUCGCUUCCUGUCCUUCCUGAGCCACACCUACGGAACCCUGCUGCUGCUGGCCGUGCCCCUCAUCGUUACGGAGACGCUGUGUCGCCUCAUCUGGCCACUCCCACACCCGCAAGUGAGAAACGAAAAAGAAAGGGAAAAGCCAUCCGCCAAGGAGGUGGAGGAGGAGUCUAACAGCGGUGGGCAGACUUGCUGCAGCUUCCUGCUGCAGGUCCCCAGCUCCCUCUCCGCUCUCCUCUCCUGGGUUAUCGCGGCUUCCUACAGCAACCGCUUCAUUCUGGCCGAGGUGGACCGGAUCGAGCACUGCUUCCUGCUCUCUCCGGGAGGAGGCAGCAUCACCAACUGCAUCCCGGACUUCAGCUCCACGUUCUGGCCUCACGAUUACCAGCUGCUUCUGACCACGCUGCUGCUUUGCGGGACGUUCCUCCUGUUGCACGCCAGCUUCCAACAAUACGGGACUUGCAGCCGGCCGCAUGAGGGCGAGCGGAGCAACGAGACGGCGAGCCAGUUGAACCCUAAACACAGAGAGGAGGAGGAGUGGGCGCAGGGCAGCGCCACGUGGGAGAUAGAGGAGUGGACAGCGACGCACAUAGAUGACUUGAUGAAAGCCACGGUGUGUGGAGUCACACUCUAUUUGUUCCUCCCCGUCCUGGCGGUCAACACGUCCUUGUUCCGGUGCCUAGAGGAUUUCUGUUCCUGGUUCCUGCCCUGCAUCGUGGGAAAGGUGCGAUUUCUGAGAAAUUCGGAUCAGUCAAAAUAUAUUUGGACUACGUUCGGGGCAGGAAGUGCAGGGAUAUACGUCUGACAGCCACAGUCUGAGCAUAUUAAGAGAACAAAAUUUUCAUGCUAGUUGGUUAUCUUAGUACUCACAACAACACCGUCUCUCUGUUUUACGUGACAUGUCAGUGAUGUCGGACUUCCCUUUUUUUUAAUUAUCUUUUUUCUCUUCAAAACAAUAAAAAGCCAGCCAAGUCCUAUUUUUUUUUUUUCGUAUUUCAUUUUUAUUAAAAACAAAAUUAAGGGUAUCUUUCUGAAUUAUCUUUUAUAACUAGGUAGAUUGAAACUUAUGGGGGGCAAAUAUGAAUCACUGCUCUACAUACACAGACAGCUAUGAAUAUUUCAUGGCUGUAUAAUGCAAUGAAUCAACUAUGGAGAGUUUAAAGUUUAAGUUUAAGAGUAACC